UAGCCCAGAUCUUUCAGCAGCGGAUUUGAAAAUUAUAGAACAAAGAGAAUGCAGUUGGAAUCGAACUUGAGACAAAAUUUCUCACUCAGAAAUUAUUAUUCAUAAGUUGAAAGAAACACAACUGAGACUGGUUUGGUUAGGACACUUGGGAUUGCAGAACUGCAAUAUCAAGGAUGAUAAUCCCAGUUGUGAGCAGCUUGGUGCUGAUGAAGAGGAGGGUAAUAGUGGAGUUGCUUCCUCAAAGUGUGAGAGACUGGUGGAAGAAAUGGGAGCUGAGAGGACUGAUUAUUGUCAGUCUCAUCUCACAAAUACUUCUCAUCCUUCUGGGGAAUCGCAGGAAGUAUGAUGGUAGACUUCGGCUUAAAUGUGUCGUCUGGAGUGCCUACUUGCUGGCUGAUUCUGUAGCUACCAUGGCCCUUGGUUUGCUCUUAAAUAACCUAGGACAAAUCUAUCAUCGCCAUGGUUGUUCUAUUGAUGCCAACAAUGAGCUUACUGCAUUUUGGGCUCCUUUUUUUCUGUUGCACUUGGGUGGUCCUGACACUAUCACAGCUUACUCUUUAGAAGACAAUGAGUUGUAUUUGCGGCACUUGUUCGGACUUAUUGUCCAAACUGGCGCAGUGCUAUACAUCUUUCUCUUGUCAUGGAACACUGGCUCUCAUCUUUCAUAUCUGGCAAUAGCAAUGAUUGUUGUUGGAUGCAUUAAGUAUGGAGAGAGGACAUGGACUCUUUGGUCAGCUAGCAGUGAUCAACUUAGAGAUUCAAUGCUGACUAAUCCUGAUCCUGGCCCCAAUUAUCCCAAGUUCAUGGAUGAGUUCAGUUUGAAACAUGCAGAGGGGUUUUGUGUGGAGGCAGAAGAGGUGAAAGAUGACCAGGCUGAAAUAGAUGUAAAAGCUUCUGGAGACACCACAUCUGAUGUAAACAUUGUUAAAGCUAAUGCCUUAUUUCAGAUAUUCAAGUGUCUGUUUGCAGAUCUCAUCCUCAGCUUUCAAGACAGAGACAUUAGUCAGUCUUUAUUCCUGAAAUUCUCUCAUGCAGAUGCUUUCGAUGUGAUUGCUAUUGAACUGGCAUUCAUGUAUGAUUUGCUAUACACAAAGGCAAUAGUAAUUAAUACAACGUGGGGUCUUUCUAGCCGCUUCAUCACCACAUUUCUCACCACCCUGGUGUUGUUGAUUUUCUCCAUUUCUGACAAGAAGAAGUAUCACAAGGUAGACCUCUACAUAACAUUCUGCUUGCUGAUUGUAGCAAUAUUGCUAGAAAUAAUUGCUGCUGUUUCUCUAUUUCUGUCAGACGAGGCCAGUCUUUGGUUCAAUAAGCAUAAGCAAAUUUGGAUCUUAAAAGCCAUAAUUACUUGUUUGGAACCAGUGGUUAAACUGCCCAGGUGGUCUAAUUCCAUGGGGCAAUACAGCAUCACAUCUCUUUGCCUCAAAGAGAAAACUAACCUUUCAAUGCCAAAAUGGUUUCACUUGAAUAGAAUUUGGGAACAGCACAGAUAUAGAACCUCCAAGAAAGUGCCUGAAGGUCUGAAAAAGUUGAUCUUCAAACAUGUCCUGAAGAAAUGUUAUCGAUUUAAUGAAGCAAUUAAAAGGAGUGACACCACUUAUCAGGGCAGAGACAUAUACACCAAUAGGGGAAUCCGAGCUCUUAGAAAAUACUAUGGUGAGAGUAGUGAUAGUCCCAUCGAUUGGAGUAUUCAGGGCUUUGAGUUUGAUCAAAGCAUUCUUGUUUGGCAUGUUGCAACUGAAUUCUGCUAUUACUCUGGCACUCAGGGCAAUUCUUCAGAUCUUUCAGGUUGCACAAAUCGAAAAAUUAGCAAGCUUUUGUCAAGAUACAUGCUAUAUCUCUUAGUUAUUUAUCCUUCCUUGUUACCAGUUGGGAUAGGCCUUAUCAGGUUUCGCGACACUCGUUCUGAGGCCAGGAAAUUUUUAGAAGAAAGGAAGUACAUGAAUCGGACAAAGGAAACUCAUGGCUCUGAAAAAACAGAUCAGAAGAGGGAACUAAAAAUUCAAGCUUGCAAAAUGUUACUUAAAGUGAAAACUCAUGUCCCACCCAUCAAAGUGAAAGGCGACAUGAGCAAAUCUGUGUUGUUUGAUGCAUCCAGGCUAGCUUCAGAAUUGAAUAAAAUUUCGGACGAAAAGAGGCGAUGGAAAUUGAUUAGAGAUGUUUGGUUCGAAAUUCUAACUUAUGCUGCAAGUCAAGGUCGAGGAAGUCACCAUGCCCGCCAGCUGAAGCGAGGAGGAGAGUUUCUUACUCAUGUCUGGCUUCUUAUGGCACAUUUUGGCAUGACUGACCAGUUCCAGAUUUCUCAAGGCCACGCUAGAGCUAAAUUGACUGUCAAAUAGUUGUAAUUUCUGGUAUAUUGUCUUGUGUUAAGUCCUGUAUACAGUUAAUAACUUUUAUUUUCCUUUUCUCUGUUCAUGUUCAGAUUUAAUUAGAGUAAUAAACCAGAUAUUGCAAUACAGAUUUCUGAAAUCUGCAAUCACAGUU